AUGACACGGCUCUCCGACCUGCUGGGGCAGCAGGACUCGUCCGUCGAAGAGGUUGAAGCUGCGUUGGACUAUUUGGUGGCAAAACGGCAAUCGCUCUACGACCUCGAUAGCAGCAUCGCCCAGGAAACCCCCGAAGAUCAGCUGGGAGCGGAACUUGACAGUGCGCUCCAGUACGAGGAAGGUCUCGAGGGAAUGAUCACAAGGGCACGUCGUAGGCUUCGCCAGCAGCAGAAUGUUGCACCUUUGGAUCAACAGCGUCCUGCGGGGCAAAAAUCCGUCGCUCUCCCUAAGCUUCAGAUACCCAAGUUUUCGGGAAAAUUACAGGAAUGGCAACAAUUCUGGCAGCAUUUUGAUGCCACCAUCCACUCCAACCAAGCACUGGCUCCGGUCGAGAAGUUUAAGUACUUGGUCUCCUACCUCACUGACGACGCGAAGCGAUCCAUCGAAAGCAUCAGGAUCAGCGGCGACAACUACGACUCUGCGGUCACUCUGCUCACACACAGGUACGGUAGACCGGAACUCCUUACGGCGGAGCACAUCGACCAUUUGCUUGCUCUUCGUCCCAUCUCGAAUUCCCAAAACAUUCCCCAGCUCCGACGUCUUCAUGACGAUGUGACCAUUCGAAUGGCAGCUUUGGAUUCUUUGGGGGUAACUAAGGAUAAAUAUGCGGUUAUCAUGUACCGCGUCAUCACACGAUGCUUGCCCGAAAACCUCUGUGUCCUUUUUCAUCAACGGAGAAGGGAUACAGCCGCAGUACCUCAACCCCAAGGCAACAAUGAAAGCACUGGGAUAGACAAGGCCGCCGAGGAUCUUCAGGCGCUGCUAUCAUUUCUUCAGGUGCAGGUGGAGACUCGGGAAGAGGUGUUGCUCACUCGGGCAGUUUCGCCAGCGUCGGCUGCUCGCAGCAAGAGUCCUAACGAGCCGGUUCGGCUUCCUACGGCCGCUGCCCUAGCCGCUGCAAACGCCGCACCUCCGAAGCGGACUGCUGACGCACGUUCAACACCCUGUCCCUUGUGUCAUUCGCCGGACCAUCCGCUGCAGUCCUGCACGGCGGUUUUACCGGCAGCCGAUAUGCGCCAUCGUUUGUCUAGAGCGGGAAGAUGUUUCAGGUGCGGCAAAUCCGGACAUUUUUCACGGGUUUGCCGAUCUGCGGCUGGGUUGUCUUGUGCGAAGUGCCACGGACAUCACCUUUCCAUAUUGUGUGACAUUCAAAGACGCCCGGAGGCUCAGCAUUGUUCGACCACUCUCCCCGCGACUGCAGACAUGGAGGCACCGCGCGAAGUGUUGGACGACGUCGUCUCACAGACUGUCAUGUCUUCAUCACCCUCGAACGUGCAUGCAAAAUCUGGAAUGGCACGCCUUCAGACAGUCUCGGUUUGGGCAGAAGGACCUGCAUGCAAGAAGCGAAUUCGGCUGCUUCUUGACACGGGUAGUCAACAAACGUUUAUACGUCGCGAUCUGUUGAAGGAGCUAGGGUGCCAAAUCACUGGUGAGGAGGACCUCUCCGUGUUCUCUUUCGCACGUACGCGCCACCCCAGAAGAUUCCACUGCGAACGGGUGCAAGUCCGCCUCGAAGCCAUCUCGGAUCCGCGGUCGUGCAUCGAGCUUGAAGCCCUCGGCAUUUCUGAACUAUGCCGCGUGUCUACGCCAGCCUUGGACGACGUAACCAUGAGCCUUCUCUCGCUGCGAGGCCUCGAAGUGGCUGAUACGAGCUGCACCACGGACAUCGCUCUGCUGGUGGGUUCCGAUUACUAUUGGAAGCUGGUCACCGGCCGAGUGGUACGUCUCCCUGGCGAUCUUGUUGCGGUGGAGACCAUCUUCGGAUGGGUCGUUCAGGGAGUCCAGCGGUCACCCAGUCGAACGCUGUCUACCGUGGUAUCAGUCCUCUCCCUUUCCUGCGAGGAACAAGAAUUCUUCGACCACAUGGACCCUUCGGAAGCAUGGCGAUUGGAUGCCCUUGGCAUAAGCGAUCCGGUUCCUGAUCCCGACGAUGACUUUGCGGCCGCCUACUUUACAAGCCAUGUACGCCAAUGUGACGGUUGCUACGUCGUCCCGCUAAUGGUUAAACCAGAACUAGGGCUCCCUGCCUGCGCCAAUAACAGGAAUACGGCUCUACAGCGCCUCCUCUCGCAACUACGUCGGUUUCGUUUCGACCCAGAAUUGCUGGCUCAGUAUGACAAGGUCAUACGUGAGUAUUUUGACGAAGGUCAUGCUGAGAAGGUAAUGGGGAUCACCAGCCGCCAAGAAAACGUUUAUUACAUGCCCCAUCACGCGGUUGUGCGACAAGAGGCGAUCACCACGAAACUCCGCGUUGUAUUUGAUGCGUCGUCCCACUUGCCAGGUCAGCAAUCGUUGAACACUCUCCUGAUGAAAGGGCCGAAGCUAAACGCAGAUCUGCUCCAUCUUCUGUUGCAGUUCCGCUGCAGCUCCACGGUUUUAACCGCCGACAUCAGGAAGGCAUACCUGCAAAUCAUCAUUCGCCCCGAAGACAGAGAUUUUCUUCGCUUUCUGUGGGUAAAGGAUGUACGGCAGGCAUCCAACGACAGCAAUCUCGAACUUGUCGAGUGGCGGAUGACUAGAGUCCCUUUCGGAGCUACUUCGAGUCCAUUUCUGCUAGCAGCAACGCUACAACACCACUUUGAGGUAGUUUGCUCGGAUUAUCCCAACACCGUAUCCCGCAUCCGGACGGGGUUUUAUGUCGACGAUCUGGUCGUCGGCUGCACGUCAGACGGUGAUGCGUUGCAGGUAUACCAAGAAACGGUAGAAAUACUGAAAUCCGCUGGAAUGGAUAUUCGCAAGUGGACCUCAAACUCUCCGGUUCUGCGGGAGAGAUUUCUCAUGGACGGCACGUCCUAUGACAAUGCCUCCGACGGCGACCCCAUCGUCAAGGUUCUCGGCCUAUAUUGGGAUCGCAGCACGGACGGUCUUCUUCUCAACACGACUCGAGCAGCAGACUUCGCCGUCGCACACCCUGCCACGAAGCGCACCGUCUUGAAAGCAUUUUCACUUGUGUAUGACCCCUUGGGGUACAUCGCACCUGUCAUUAUAUCUGCGAGAAUUCUGUUUCAAGACCUGUGGCGCAAUGGCCUAUCGUGGGACCAACCAGUUAGCGAAUCAGACAACGCAAUCUGGGAGAAGUGGAAGGUCAGCCUGGGAGAAUUGAACCUGCUCAGACUCCCGCGCUGCGCUCUCCCUGAAGAUAACUCACCCGUCGAUGUGCACUGUUUCGCAGAUGCCAGUCCGAAAGCCUAUGGCACUGCCAUACACUUGCGGAGUCUUUCUCCCAACGGCUCUCUUCUGGUCCAUUUGCUCAUAGCACGGGCUCGUCUGGCACCAUUAAAACAGGUGUCGUUGCCUCGUCUCGAGCUCCUCGCCUGCCUCCUGGCUACACGUCUCUACCGUCACGUUUCCGCGCUGAAGACUCUCAGUCAAGUGCCAGUACAUUUUUGGACAGAUUCCACCAGCGCUCUUCAGUGGAUUCAUGGAUCUGGCAGCAAAACCCAGCAAUUUGUUCAGUCUCGAAUAACCGAAAUCCUGUCUUCAUCGCGCGUUGAUCAAUGGUUCCACUGCAGCGGUAGUGACAACCCCGCGGAUUUGCUCACUCGGGGCGUAUCCGCUACCACUCUGAAGUGCUGCAGAUUGUGGUGGACAGGUCCCGGCUGGCUCUCAUCGUCGUUUGGCACCUUCGUGAGUACAGAAAACCAGCUUUGCCAACCAGGGAUUCGAUUAACCGAUGACAGAGCCUCUCCAGCAAGUGAAUGUCCAGCUGUGGUCAAACAUGCCUCCGUUUUGGCAGUCGUCGCAAUUGAAGAAUGGAUGGAGAUCACGGACUACGGGACGUUAUCCAGGCUCCUUCGGGUCACCGCCUGGAUGCUGAGAUUUGCGAACAACGCUAGAUCUGCGAGACCAUCCGUGUCUGGUCCACUCACACUUGAGGAAAUCACGCAUGUUGAGAACUUUUGGAUCCGUCGCGUGCAGGCUGAGGCUUUCCCCCAUGAGGUUGCCGCUCUCAGCAAAGGAAACGUCGUCAAACCGUCAUCGUCCCUACAUGCGUUCCAACCGUUUUUGGACGCCAACGGCAUCAUGCGCGUCGGCGGCCGUCUUCAUCAACUGAACGUGGUCGACGCCAUAAAGCACCCCAUUCUUCUGCCAUCGAAGCAUCACUUUACGCAUCUCGUAAUACUCGACGCUCACCGACAAGCCCUGCACGCCGGAGUACAAGAUACUAUCACCCAAGUCAGGAACCGAUUUUGGGUCCUCCGGGCACGCCAGACGGUUCGUCGCGUCCUACACUCCUGCCUCAGCUGCCGCCGGCAGCGCGCCGAACUCGCUAGGGUUCCAACGGCCCCCCUCCCCCGCGAGAGAAUCACAGAGGCCAACCCCUUCUCGGUAGUUGGUCUGGAUUUCGCAAGACCGCUGUUCAUCACGAACGCCGCAUCAGGAAAAGCAUACAUCGUCCUUUUCUCGUGUGGCGUCACCCGAGCCAUCCACCUAGAGCUCGCAUCUUCUAUGAACGCUGUAGACUUUCUACUGGCCUUCCGUCGCUUCGUUUCAAGACGUGGUGUGCCCACCCUGGUCUAUUCAGACAACGCCCGAACGUUUCACAAGUGCGCAGCCAUCUUGUCUGCGCCCACCACAGCUGAAGUACAAGAUUUUGCAACUCAGCACCGUAUACAGUGGCGGUUCAUCGUCGAGCGAGCACCUUGGUGGGGCGGAUGGUGGGAACGCCUCAUCGGCACCGUGAAGGCUGCUCUAAGGCGAUGUCUCGGUAGAAGCCGCCUUACUUUCGAGCAACUAACUACAGCCCUAUGCGAGGUGGAAGCUCUCGUAAAUUCCCGCCCAUUAACCCACGUCGCAUCUGAUGUCGAGGAACUCGUACCCCUCACGCCAAGCCACUUUCUGAUAGGCAAACGAGCCAUCUCUCUACCGGGCGAACACGCUGCCAUCUCACAGCCUGACGCGGAGGACCUCCGGCACAACUUCAGAGAAAUGCUGAAGGCGAAGGAACUCUUCUGGAAGCGCUGGAGAUACGAGUACCUUCUGCAGCUGAGGUCUGCCCACGUGACUGCGUCUCCUACCCAAAGUCGUUUCAAGAAAGGGGAUGUGGUGGUGCUUCAGGAAGAUAAUGUUCGUCCCCCUUUUUGGAAGCUCGGACGCAUAGCGAAGCUGAUACGAGGGAGAGAUGGGUUAGUGCGGGCAUGCUCAGUACGUCUCGCAAGCGGCACUACCAUAACCCGUCCAGUUCAAAGGCUUUGCCGUUUGGAAGCAGACGUCUCGUCACCCGCGGCCGGGGAUGAUGUUGCGGAUUAA